AUGCAACCAACCACAUCUGAGGAAUCUUCAGGAGUAUCCACUAGGGAAUCUUUUGAAUUUGAAAUUGAAGAUGAUUCUCUUACUAAUAAUUCAACCCCUUCACGUGUAUCAAUAUAUGGUUCCAAAACAAUAGAAUCUAUUAUUUAUAUAUUAGGAUGGUAUUUUUUUUCAUUAUCAAUCUCCAUAUAUAAUAAAUGGAUGUUUGGAUCAGGUUUAGAUUUUAAAUUCCCAAUUAUUAUAACAUCAUUCCAUCAAUUAUGUUUAUGUAUAUUAAGUUGUGUGGUAUUAUAUUUAAAACCUAAUUUACGUCCUCUUCAUAUUACUAAUGUUUCAACUCCAAUUUCUACUAAUGGAAUUUCUGGUCAAACAUUUAAUAAAUUUUUACAAAGUUUAUUAAUGGAUUUCCCAAUUUAUAUUAAACAAAUUUUCCCUUGUUCAAUUGCUAGUGCUGGUGAUAUUGGAUUAAGUAAUGUAUCAAUUUCAUUAAUCACUUUAUCAUUAUAUACUAUGUUGAAAACUUCAUCAUUAAUGUUUGUUUUAUUAUUUGGACUCUUGUUUAAAUUGGAAAAAUUCAAUUGGAGAUUGAUUUUUAUUGUUGGUAUAAUGACAAUUUCAGUUAUAAUGAUGACUGAUAAACCCCCACCACCAUCACCACCACCACAACAACAACAACUAGCCAUAACAACAGAAGAAGAAAAACAUACUAAUAAUAAUAAUCAAGAUUUUUCCUCUAUUGGGAUUUUCAUGGUAUUAUUGGCUUCUAUGUUGAGUGGAUUACGUUGGUCAUUUACUCAAAUUUUAUUAAAGAAAAAUCCUUAUACUCCAAAUUCUAUUAGUACAAUUUUUUAUAUAUCACCAGGAAUGUGUAUAAUUUUAUUUCUUUUAGGAUUAAUAUUUGAAGGAUGGACAAAUUUUAUUAAUUCAGAAAUUUGGAUAACUAAAGGAUUAUUUACUACAAUAAUAUUAUUGAUUAUACCAGGAAUUUUAGCAUUUAUGAUGACUUUAUGUGAAUUUAAAUUAUUAACAGUUGCUCAAAUAAUUACUUUAUCAGUGGCAGGAAUUUUUAAAGAAUUAUUAACAAUAAUUUUAAGUUCAAUUAUAUUUGGUGAUAAAUUAAGUUUUAUUAAUAUUUUAGGUUUAAUAUUAACAUUUAUGGAUAUAUUAUGGUAUAAUUAUUAUCGAUAUUAUGAAAAUGAAGAUAAUAAUAAAGCUACAAUAAGAGAAGAUUUGGAAAGGUAA